UGUAGAUUUUCAUAAUAUAAACAGCUCAGUUCUUGGCCUUUUUCUAAACAACACUGUAUAAACAAUGACAUACUGUACAUAGCUUUUUUCAAGGAUCUUCUCUUUUUGUUGUUCAGAGAGAACACCUACUUCUACAAGAAUCAUUUUUUCCUUUCGACGCAUAGAGGGAGAGAAAGCAUGUUAGCUGCAGAGUAGAGUGUGAUCCAUGCAAAGAGAUAAAACGAUCUAUCGGUGGUAAAGAUAAAAAGGAGGAACCGGAAACUAGCCUGGGUCCUUCUGCAAGAUCAACAUCAGACUGGCCACCUGCUAGGCUGCUAGCUUGCGAGGGUUGCCAACCGCAACAGAGUACAGCUGAUGAGGAGCAUAAAGAGAAGGCGGUAAAUGAGAAAAGCCCUCACUCGAGCAAAAGAAGACGCACUGUUGCUGCUUAUGGGAAAAAUGCCAUGGUCACAAAGCAAGUUUCACCCGAGCACUCAUUCCGGCCUUUUGCUACAAUUGGACAGGCACGGCAAAUCUUGUGAACUGGACAUGUACUCCCUCCCUUCGUUGCUUCUCCCGCAAUUAACUUCUUUAUUCUUGCCUUCUACUCAUCAGCUUUCUCAGAAUAAUACGCCGCGCCAAGCUGGACCAAGGGAAGAUGAGAAAACCCUGAGGAAAUGACACCGCAAAACCUGAAAGGACAAAAGAAAACAUGUUCAUCUUUUAUGAAACAUGCUUUCAGCAAGCAUCGUUGCGCCCGGCAUAGAAUUUAGAACAGUAGGAUGCUGGUGUGUGACAUCGGUGCGAUUUAAAAUGCAGGUACAAGCAACAGGGUUAUCACCAUUUUUUGAGCCGAAGCAUACAGCCCUGGAAGAGAUGAAGAUAUGGGUGAAGUGUUUAUCGUAUGACAGAACAAAAAUUCAAGUUAGUUCAGUAGUUGUUUUCGUGGCAAAGUGUGGGCCACCAUGCUGCUGGACGAACUGAACACUGAUGAAGUGAUGAUGAAUUAAACACCAGACCGACAAGCUAUGCCAAAGCUUCUGUAUCAUUUGCUGGAGUUGUCACACCAUUUCUUUUUCCAAAGUCUUGUUCUGCUGACCAGAAAACAAAAAGGACAAGGAAAAAAAUGCUAUUCUGCCUUUAAACUGUUGGGGCACAUGCCUUGGUCAUUUUACUGCUUACCAUGUUUGUGUAAUGUGUCUCAUACUAACGAGCCACAGUUAACUAAACAGGCUGUAGAAGAGGAACACAACCCCUCAAACGCGCCUUGAUUCCGCGCUUCAUCUAUGACAUAUUUGAGAGUCGUACCUAAGUUCAGACUGAAAAAAAAUAGGCAGCUAACUUACAGAAAAGUGAGUUUCUUUGCUGUAAAAACCUUAAAGAAAUCACCCACCAAAAAAAGGCUGAAGGAAAGCAUCAAAACAUCUCUGCGUUAGACGAUUAGACCCCUUAACAAAAUUUAUGGCCCCUCCACAAGACCCAAGAUCGCUAGAAACAUUAGAAGGUGUGUCGAGUUAUUAACAUGACCAAAUCAACAGGCCCACUGAGUCAACAAGAUAAAGGGAAGAAUAUCAAAAGGCCAUACUUCUCAAAUAUCCUAGAUUGCCCUUUCACCAUUAUUAUAGUUAAGCAGAUAAAGAACACACUAAGACACUUUUAGCAUGUUAAAAGACAUGAAUCUGGAUGAAGGCAGCAUUUGGUCUACGUAAUCAUAUCACUUCUUUAUAAUUUGAUACAAACAUGGUCAAUCGUUAUCAUGAUUCACAAAGAAGGGUCCUACACGCAUAGGUUUUGGUUCAGAUGUUAAGUAACAAAGGUGCAAGUGGGAUUUAACUGGCAUGGGUAAUUUGGACAAUUUCGAAGGCUCUACUAUCCUGCAUGGAAAAGUUUGCAGAAAACCUGGCUUCUGUCUGUGGUCUAUAUAAGGCAGCUACAGUAGGCCCAAAAAACUCUCUAGAUCUCAGCCCGGCAAGAGAUUUGGAGCGUUCUUGCUCCUCCAUCCAUCAUGAUCUCCUGGGUAGCAAUCUACCAUGUUCUUGAAGCGACAACACCAUUGUAUGUAGCCAUGAUAUUAGCCUACCUAUCCAUAAAAUGGUGGAAGUUGUUCACUCCAGAGCAGUGCUCUGGGAUCAACAAGUUCGUGGCCAACUUCUCCAUCCCUCUUCUCUCUUUCCAGGUCAUCUCCACAAACAAUCCUUACGACAUGAACCUCAAGCUCAUAUUCGCAGACAUCCUACAGAAGUCGAUCGCCUUGCUGGGAUUUGCAGCCAUAUCUAGAGCAUGUUGUGCGGAGAAGUUUGAUUGGCUGAUUACAGGUUUCUCUUUGUCGACACUGCCCAAUACGCUGAUUGUCGGUAUCCCGUUGCUGAAAGGAAUGUAUGGCGAUGAAGCUGUCAAGCUGAUAAGUCAGAUAGUUGUCCUACAGAGCCUAAUUUGGUACACACUUCUUCUCUUUCUGCUUGAAUUCCGAGCUGCCAAAGGAAUAGCUGCCGCAGCAUCAUCUGAAAUUGUAGAUGAGGAAGAACCAGGUACUCUAGGAGCUACACAACAGACAUACCAUGAGGGCCAGUCAAAAGGUGUAUCAGCAAGAUGUUCUAGGGGUUUCCACUUUUUGUUGGUGAUUGGGAUGAAGUUAGUGAUGAAUCCAAACAUUUACGCAUGCCUGAUUGGUCUAAUCUGGGCACUGAUUAGCUUCAGGUGGCAAAUACAAUUACCCUUGAUCGUCAGUAACUCCAUAAGGAUACUCUCAGAUGGAGGGCUGGGAAUGGCAAUGUUCAGCCUAGGUCUUUUCACAGCUCUACAAACAAAAAUUAUAGCCUGCGGAACUAAGAAGAUGCUACUGUCACUAAGCAUCAGGUUCUUUCUAGGACCAGCAUUGAUGAUGAUCUCUUCCUAUGCUGUUGGGAUGCGUGGAAUCUUGCUCAAGGUGGCCAUUGUGCAAGCAGCAUUACCUCAAGGAGUAGUGCCAUUUGUAUUUGCAAAGGAGUAUAAUGUGCAUGCAGAUAUCCUAAGCACUGCGAUAAUUGUUGGUAUGAUGGUUGCAGUUCCUGCCGCCCUGGCUUACUACUUUGUUAUCUAACCUAUGAACACUUAAAUCAUAGCCACUCAAAUAUUUUUAUUCGGACAAACAAUAGCAGGGCGGUGUAAUGUAAAUGGUAAAUUCAGCCAUGGCCGCAUGGGUGUGAAUAUUUUGCCAGGCUGUAAAUAUCUGUGCUGUGGACUUGGAUCGUGUGGUGUGGUGACCCAACAUACAUAUAAGAUAUAUUUGUACU